AUUCGUUGUUCACGUUUAAUUUUCUAAUACACAGAUAUGGGAUUGUUGCUCUGAGCUUUGUUCAAUUAACUUUCUCCAGUUUGUAUAUAAGGCUUCCUUGAUCCUGUGUUUUAGUUCUUGUUGCUCCUUAUUCUCUGGUUUUUUCGGCAGUAUCUUCUAAAUCUUCGACUUUAUCCUCAAUUCAUUCCAAUAAAUCUCUUCUAUUCUGAUUUAACAUGUCUUCAAAAUCAUCUGUCUUAGUUACCGGUGGUUCCGGUUUUGUUGCUUUACAUGUUAUUGACACAUUAUUAUCAAAAGGUUACACUGUUGUUGCCACUUUUAGAUCCAAAGAAAAAGCUGAUCCAGUUUUAGCUGGUUUCAACAAGAAAUACUCUGACUCAAUAAAGGGCAGACUAUCAUAUGUAAUUGUUAAGGACAUUACUCACAAAGAAGAAUUUGAUCAAGUUUUCAAGGCUGACAAAUCCAUCAAAUAUGUAAUUCACACAGCUGCUAACUUUUCUUUUGGUUUUAAUAAACCAUUGGAAGAAGUUUACUUGAAUCCUGCUCGUGAUGGUGCCUUGAAUGUAUUGAACAGUAUUGUGGAAUACGCUCCACAAGUCACUAAUGUUGUUGUAACUUCUUCUUUUGCUGCAAUCUUAAACGGUGACAAGCUUGGUGACAAAUCUUUUGUCCACACUGAAGAAACCUGGAAUCCAUUAAAUUGGGAUGAUCCUUCAAAUAAUAAUGAAAAUUCAGCUUAUGUUAUCUCAAAAAAGGUUGCUGAAAAGGCUUCGUGGGAUUUCGUCAAGGAAAAGAAACCAAACUUUCAAUUGACCUCAGUUAAUCCUCCCUUUAUCUUUGGUCCCCAAUUAUUUGAGGAUUCAUUAAAAAAUGAAACUCUAAAUACUUCUGCUGAAGUUAUCAACAAAUUGUUGAAAACGACUCCAAAGGAUGAUGAAACAGAUCCAGAACAAUUUAGCAAAAGAUUUCUACUUGCCGUUGAUGUUAGAGAUGUUGCUUUAUUCCACGUUUUGCCAUUGGAAAACUCCAAGUUAGAAGGUAAAAGAGAGUUUAUCGCUGAAUCAAAAUUUAGUGAUCAAAAAUUAUUAAAUUUAAUCAAUGAAAACUUUCCAGCUUUAAAUGGAAAAAUUGCAAAGGGUAUUCCAUCAAAUAUUGAUAAACUCGACAAAAAUAAUGUAUAUUAUGAUUCUAGCAAAACUUUGGAAUUAUCUGGUGUAAAAUUAAUUCCUCUAAAGAAAACUAUUGUUGAUAGCGUUAAUCAAAUUUUAGAUUAUAAAAAAAAACAUUCCACUUCAUAAGAGCCACAACCAAUUGCUGUUUUCCUUAAGUCGAGAAAAUAUCAAAUAAUUAUUUUUUAGUUUUAU